AUAUCAGAAACCGAAGAAGAUAGAUAUGGAAAUAUAUCAAUAACGUUGCCGAGUGACAUCUUAGAGAACUUGGUACCGCCUUUCGGCAAGCAAAAGUUCCAACUUUCAGACAUACCCUACACCAGAGACCAACACCACGUGGAAUCGGUUUGUCCUGUUAGUCUCCGCUGGAGAGUCAACUCGUCCGAGUGGUUUAAGUUUCGAUUCGUGGAAGACGUCAAACUUUUCAUGGACCGCGAGGACCUGGACGAUUCUUACUGGAACGACCAUCUCAGCGCUUACUUUGAACUGCCGUUCGGAUACAAACCACAGGACAAGAAAGUUACCCAGAAAAUGAUCGGAUUGUUGGAGAACCCGGAUGUGUUCGGUUUCCAUGGCGACCGUCAGAGGAAGCCGUGUGUUCGGUGUGCAGUGGUGGGGACAGGAGGGGUCCUGAGGGGGUCAAACAAGGGAGAAAAGAUAGACGCGCACGACUAUGUCUUCAGAGUGAACCAUGCUCUCAUGGACGAGCCAUUUGCUAAGGAUGUCGGGAAAAAGCUGUCCUUCUAUAUCUUUUUUCCGGAGUCACAUAAUCGGAGAAACAAGCUCGUUGCCAGCGCGCAUGCAUUGCAGAUCUACAUUCCUUUCAAGACGCCCGACCUGCCCUAUAUCACACAAUGGCUGUACAACCGGACCCUUCCAAAGUGUGGCGUACCGUGGUGUGAAAUUCCUCUCAACGCUAACGUCAACCGCACAACAACGAAAGUUGUGCAUCCUGACUUCAUCCGUUACGUCUUUGUGAACUACAUGGACACAUCACUGUCUCUUCGACCAACCACGGGGGCGAUGACAGUGUUCCUGGCUAUCCAACUGUGCGACGUUGUGAACAUCUACGGAUUUGGUUAUGACCCACGAUUCUAUGCGCACUACUACGACCACCAGAAGGUUCCCAAGCAGCAGGCGGACGGAGACAUAAGGUGGGGUAACCAUGACUACAGCGAGGAGAGUCGUUUGUGGCAGAGACUGCACGAGGAGAAGAUCAUCACCUGGCACAACCGUCAGGAUUACAGCCCCAACACUGCAGUACCAUAACAAGGCGGCAGGGGCAGCUACUCGUACGAAGGACGCUACCUCUCUGGACUUUUAAUUCAGUUUCAGUUUAUACUCAUUUAAAUAAACUUGCAUGACAUG